AUGACCCAACCCCUCCGACCCACCACCUCGAUCGACGAUCAUGAAAAGGAGAAACACCUGACCGAGCACGCCGAGUAUGCCAGCUCUGUCAACGGGGCGGGCCACGAGCUCGCCGUCGUCCUCCCCGACUCCUUGAUCGGGAUGACGGAGGAAGAGACGGAGGCUAUGGACAAGCGCAUUACCAGGCGCAUCGACUUGAUCAUCAUGCCCGUGCUCGUACUGCUCUACGUCCUCAACUACCUGGACCGUCAAAACAUCGCCUCUGCCAAGCUCGCCGGAAUCAUGGACGACCUCUCCCUCAGCACGACCGACUACAACUCUGUCGUCUCCAUCCUCUUUGUCGGUUAUAUCGGGUUUCAAGUCCCCUCGAACAUGAUCAUCGGCAAGAUCUCCCGCCCGGCCUUGUACAUCUGUUUGGCUUGUGCCGCUUGGGGUGUGGUUUCCGCUUUGACGGCGGCGGUGCAUAAUUAUGUCGGGUUGAUGAUGGCACGGGUGGCGUUGGGUAUCACCGAGGCGGUCUUCUUCCCCGGGGCGAUCUUCUACCUGAGUUGUUGGUACACCAAGAAACAAUUCGCCCUCCGUACUGCCAUCCUGUACAGCGGUUCGCAACUCGGGAACGCCUUCGGACCUCUCUUGGCGAUCGCCAUCCUGGAACUCGAUGGUGCUCACGGGUUGGCAGGCUGGAGGUGGCUCUUCCUGGUCGAAGGCGUAUUCACCGUCGGCAUCGCCAUCAUCUGCAUCUUUAUCCUUCCCGACGUUCCCCAAAAGGCCCGUCUCCUCACUUCUCAAGAGAAGGAUCGACUUGUCUACCGCCUCCAGAUGGAUCGAGGACAGGUUGACAACAGUUCCGAGAUCUCCGCCUGGAAGGGGUUCAUGAUGGCCGUGACCGACCCGAAGACCUGGUUAUUAUGCGGGAUCUUGACUUCCACUUACAUCGCCGCGGCCGUAAACAACUUUUUCCCCUCGGUCGUCUCGACCCUUGGCUACUCUCGAAACAUCACCUACUGCUUGACUGCUCCUCCCUUCGUGCUGUGCGUCUUUGUGAUCAUCCUGAACGGUAUGCAUUCGGACAAGACCCAGGAGCGAUACUUGCAUAUCGCCUGUCCUCUGGUGAUUACUGUCGUCGCCAACAUUCUCGCUGUGGCCACGACCAAGACCGCGCCGCGAUACGUGGCGAUGAUGUUGAUGCCCGCUUCGUUCUACGCGAGCGCUAUUUGUACCCUAUCCUGGAUCUCGGGUAGCACCGUUGGACCUGCUAUCAAGCGGGCCGUCGUCUUGUCCAUGAUCAACGCCAUCAGCAACACGCCCAAUGUUUGGACCGCCUACCUCUACAAGUCGCCUCCUCGAUAUCUCGUAGCCUUCUCGGUCAACCUGGCGGCAGCCGUCAUCGCCAUCGGGUUCGCCAGCAUGACCUAUCUCUACCUCCGCAAGCAGAACCGCAAACUCGAGGCCGGGGAACCCAUGGGCAAUUCGGGUCCCACCGAAACUCAGAUCUCCAACGGUUUCAGGUACCCUCUGUGAGACCUGAAGAUCUCUAUGUGCCCUUCAUAUAUCAGUACGCGCCUUCACGUC